AUGGUUCUAAAAAUUGAACCGGACCGCCCGGACCCCCUCCCCCCAAACCAAAAGUCCAACACUCCCACUCAUCUCCUCUCAUCUCUUUCUCAAAAAAUCAAAGUUGAAAGAACAGAUGGAAACCCUAACGGACUAGCCGCGCACCCACCGCAACCACCGCAGCCCCACAACCCCGCGGAACCCACAGACACUGGAUCUCCUCUGCUCGAGCGUGCUUUCUCUCUGUUCGCCGGUGUCGCACCGUGGAAGCUCCGUCGCCGUCGCAGGAGCUGUGUCGCCAUCGUAGGAAGCUCCGUCACCGUCCUAGGAAGCUGUGUCGCCGUUGUAGGAAGCUCCCUCGCCGUCGCGUGGAAGCUCUGUGGCCAUCACCGUCUCUCCUGUUCAAGCGCUCUCUCUCUCUGUGUUCGCCGGUGUGGCCGUGUCCUUUGUCGUCGCCGUCACUCCCCUUCCUCCUCGCUGCCGGGAAGCAGUAAGCACUCUGACUCUCUGAGUGUUGAUGCAGCUGCUGUGAGGAAGGAAAUUUCAGAUGAAACAGAUCGCAUAACUGGGAAGACGAAACAAAUUUCUAACAUUCCAAUUCAACUCAGCAUUUAUUCGCCACAUGUUGUAAACUUAACCCUUAUAGAUCUUCCUGGGUUGACAAAGGUUGCAGUAGGUAAACCUCAAAAUAGGCCCGCUUGCUCCUCCUUCACCAACCGAAUCUCCAUUCAGUUUCCUCUUCGUCUCUGUUCGAAGUUGGAAGCCUUUGCACACUCUGCAACUUCAAGCGCAUACUCUGCAAUUUCAAUGCUCACAAGAAGAAAAAUCCUCAAUUUAUUCUCAACCCAAUUCGCUUCUCACCAAUUCAAUGCAGUUUCGAAGUUGUCACGAGUUCCUUCGCACCCUUAUUCUGAAAUCCACAAAACCCUAAACCCCUUUAGGGUUUUUCUUUUGUGUGCAUGGAAUUCGACGCAGGCAUCGAAAUUUCCCGAAUACGAGAUGCCAUCGGUGACGUGGGGUGUGAUUCAAGGUCGCAAGGAGAAGCUGGUAUCGCGGGUCAUCGUAUUCGACUUCCUCAGGGGUUUGGGAAUCGUCCCUGACGAGUUGCAGGACCUUGAGCUACCUUCGACAGUUGAAGUCAUGAGGGAGCGCGUGGAGUUCCUCCAGAAACUAGGGCUAACAAUUGAUGACAUCAACGAUUACCCUUUGAUGUUGGGAUGCAGUGUGAGGAAGAACAUAAUUCCUGUUUUGGGGUACUUGGAAAAAAUUGGGAUUUCAAGAUCCAAACUUGGGGGAUUCAUUAAGAGCUACCCGCAGGUAUUGCAUGCUAGUGUGAUUGUUGAGCUUGUCCCUGUUGUGAAGUUCCUUAGGGGACUUGAUGUGGAGAGGGAGGAUAUUGGGUAUGUGUUGCAGAAGUACCCUGAACUUCUAGGGUUCAAGCUUGAGGGUACUAUGAGUACAUCAGUGGCUUAUCUUGUUAGUAUUGGGGUUAAUCCUAGGGAUAUUGGUCCCAUGGUGACUCAGUAUCCUUAUUUUUUGGGGAUGAGAGUUGGGACUAUGAUCAAGCCUUUUAUUGAUUACUUAGUCUCUUUGGGACUGCCAAAGAAGAUUUUGGCUAAGAUGUUGGAGAAGAGGACCUAUUUGCUUGGAUAUGAUCUUGAAGAGACUAUCAAGCCAAAUGUGGAUUGUUUGAUUAGCUUUGGGAUAGGGAGGGAGUGUUUGCCUUCGGUUAUUGCACAGUAUCCUCAGAUUCUUGGAUUGCCCCUCAAAGCCAAGUUGUCUUCGCAGCAGUACUUCUUCAGUUUAAAGCUUAAGAUUGAUCCUGAAGGUUUUGCGCGAGUCGUGGAGAAGAUGCCGCAGGUGGUUAGCCUUCACCAAAACGUGAUCAUGAAGCCGGUCGAGUUCCUCCUCGGAAGGGCUAUAGCACUGCAUGAUGUGGCUAGCAUGGUGGUCAAGUGUCCGCAGUUAGUAGCACUGAGAGUGGAGCUCAUGAAGAACAGUUUUUACUUCUUUAAGAGUGAGAUGGGAAGACCACUGAAAGAGCUUGUAGAGUUCCCUGAAUACUUUACUUACAGUCUGGAGUCUAGGGUCAAACCAAGAUACCAAAGGCUAAAGAGCAAGGGGAUAAGGUGUUCAUUGAAUUGGAUGCUGAAUUGUAGUGACCAGAGAUUUGAAGAGAGGUUGCAGGGUAAUUAUAUUGAGACUGAAAGUAUAGGUCCGACAUUUUUAAUGGGUGGAAAAUUGAACCUGCCAGGUAAUGCAAUUCUUUCAGAUGAGGAAGAGGAGAGUGAUGAUGAAGUACUAUACCGAAGAACUGUUUCUUUAUAGAACAAUUUUUCGUUCUUUUUUUUUCCCGGUUAUAUACUGAUGAAACCAUUACAAGACAUAGUUGUCAUCUAUUUUGCUCUCAACUUCUAUGAAAAUUAUGUCUUGUUUUGAAUUUUCAAAAUGUUGUAAGAUUCCUUAAUUAUUUAGUAACACUGCCAUAAAGACAUAAUUUUGUAGGUCU